GUCCUCUUCAUAUCCCUCUUCCUGACACUAGUUGGGCCAUGUGAGCUGCUGGACAAUGGCUUGGCUAAAUCUCCCCCCAUGGGGUGGAUAGCCUGGGAGCGCUUCAGAUGCACGACAGAUUGCAAUGUGUACCCUGACAACUGCAUUAGUGAAGACUUGUUCAUGGCGAUGGCAGACAAGCUCGUAGAAGAUGGCUGGAAAGACCUGGGAUAUCAAUACGUCAACAUUGACGACUGCUGGUCUGCACUGGUGAGGGACGUCAAUGGAAAGCUUCAAGCAGACCAAGACCGAUUCCCAAAUGGUAUUAAGAAACUGGCUGAAUAUAUUCAUUCCAAAGGACUGAAGCUGGGGAUUUAUGGUGAUCUGGGUCACUCUACCUGUGGUGGAUAUCUUGGUACCUUACCGGAAACCAUUGACAUCGAUGCAAAUACAUUUGCAGAAUGGGAAGUAGAUAUGGUGAAGCUUGACGGAUGCAAUUCCAACUCCACUGAAAGAUCAAUAGGUUAUCCCAAGAUGAGCCAUGCACUCAAUUCCACAGGAAGAGCAAUCUUGUAUUCCUGCAGCUGGCCAGCUUAUGAAGAUGGUUUACCCCCAAAGGUGAAUUACACUCUAAUUGGGCAACUCUGCAAUCUUUGGAGAAAUUAUGAUGAUAUCAAUGACUCGUGGGAUAAAGUGAAGGCAAUUAUAAAUUGGUUUGGAGACCACCAGGAAGAUUUGCAACCAGCUGCAGGUCCAGGAAGAUGGAAUGAUCCAGAUAUGUUGAUAGUUGGUAACUUUGGCCUGAGUCAAGACCAGUCUAAAGCACAGCUAGCCAUCUGGGCUAUAUUGGCAGCACCGUUUUUUAUGAGCAAUGAUCUUCGUACAAUCUCUGACGAUGCCAGGACCCUUCUGCAAAACAAGUUGCUCAUCCAUAUAGAUCAGGACAAACUAGGACAACAGGGUGUUAGAAUUAAGAAGGAUCAAGAUUUCCAACUGUGGAAGAGGAAGCUAUCUCAUGGACAAUUUGCUCUCGCCUACCUCAACACGGCUGAUCUGGGUGAAGCCAGAUCCUUCACACUGAGCUUAUCUCCUCUGCACAUUGAGGACUGUUCUCUUGGGUACAAUAUCUAUAAUGUUUUUGACAAGCAGCUCGUUGCCUUUCUGACUUCAAACUACACACACAGUUUUCGUGUCAAUCCAACAAGUGUUGUCCUUUUCUUUAUUCGCCCUGUUUGUUAA